GCAACUUUAACUUUAAACUCUGGGUUUUUAUAAACGCACCGGGUUUUUUUUUUUCUUUGUCCCACACCGAUGGAUCAACCGUUUCCCGGCAGCUCAGGACGUGAUUCAGGUGUAAAGUCGGACUGCGGAUUCGUAUAAAUUUGUGCCACGACUUCAAAGAAAUCGACGGCGGAACAAGUUGUAACCGAGAUAAAGGAAUCCGGAGCGAGGUCGAAGCCAAGAUGUCCGUCAGCAACCACGAAAACAGGAAGUCUCGCUCCAGUUCCGGCUCCAUGAACAUCCAGCUCUUCCACAAGACGUCGCACGCCGACAGCCUGCUGACGCAACUCAACCUGCUGCGCAAGCGGAAGGUGUUCACGGACGUGGUGCUGAAGGCCGGCAACCGCUCCUUCCCUUGCCACCGCGCCGUCCUCGCCUCCUGCAGCCGCUACUUCGAGGCCAUGUUCAGCGGCGGCCUCAGGGAGAGCCGGGACGCCGACGUCAACUUCCACGACUCCCUCCACCCCGAGGUGCUGGAGCUGCUGCUGGACUACGCCUACUCGGCCAGGGUCAUCAUCAACGAGGAGAACGCCGAGUCGCUGCUGGAGGCCGGAGACAUGCUUCAGUUCCACGACAUCAGGGACGCGGCGGCCGAGUUUCUAGAAAAGAACCUGCACCAGUCGAACUGUCUGGGCAUGAUGCUGCUGUCAGACGCCCACCAGUGCCAGAGACUGUACGAGCUGUCGUGGAGGAUGUGCCUCGCCAACUUCGCCACCCUCUUCAGGACGGAGGACUUCCUCAGCCUGCCCAGAGACAAAGUCCAGGAGCUGAUCCUGAGCGAGGAGCUGGAGGUGGAGGACGAGAGCCUGGUGUACGAGGCCGUCAUCGACUGGGUGAAGGCGGACAUGGAGCGGCGGCACGGCGAGCUGCCCGAGCUGCUGCGCUGCGUCCGCCUGGCGCUGCUGCCCGAGUCCUACCUGCUGAAGAACGUCGCCUCCGAGGAGCUGGUGAUGUGCCACAAGGUGGGCCGGGAGAUCGUGGAGGACGCCGUGCGGUGCAAGAUGAGGAUCCUGCAGAACGACGGGAUCGUCACGGGGUUCUGCGCUCGGCCCAGAAAAGUCAGCCAGGCCCUGCUGCUGCUGGGAGGACAGACGUUCAUGUGCGAUAAAGUCUACAUGAUCGACAACAAGACCAAGGAGAUCACACCGAAGACGGACAUCCCCAGCCCCAGGAAGGAGUGCAGCGCCUGUGCUAUCGGCUGCAAGGUUUACGUCACUGGAGGCCGUGGCUCUGAGAACGGCGCCUCCAAAGACGUCUGGGUCUACGACACGCUACACGACGAGUGGUCCAAAGCGGCGCCCAUGUUGGUGGCCCGGUUCGGCCACGGUUCUGCAGAGCUCGACCACAUGCUGUACGUGGUCGGUGGACACACUUCGCUCGCCGGAUCCUUCCCCGCCUCUCCGUCCGUGUCGCUCAAACAGGUGGAACAGUACGACCCUCAGACCAACAAAUGGACGCUGGUGGCGCCACUCCGCGAAGGCGUGAGCAACGCCGCCGUCGUCGGCGCCAAAAACAAACUGUUUGCCUUCGGGGGCACCAGCGUGAACAGAGACAAAUACCCCAAAGUGCAGUGCUUCGACCCCUGCCAGAACCGCUGGUCGGUGCCGGCUGCUUGUCCGCAGCUGUGGCGCUACACGGCGGCGGCCGUCGUCGGAAACCACGUGGUCGUGAUCGGAGGCGAUACGGAAUUCUCGGCCAGCUCGGCAUACCGGUUCAACAGCGAGACGUACCAGUGGUCCAAGUUUGGCGACGUGACGGCCAAACGCAUCAGCUGUCACGCGGUGGCGUCGGGAAACAGACUCUACGUGGUCGGAGGCUACUUCGGGGCUCAGCGGUGUAAAACUCUGGACUGCUACGACCCGUCGUCGGACUCCUGGGACAGCGUGACCAGCGUGCCCUACUCGCUCAUUCCCACUGCCUUCGUCAGCACAUGGAAGUACCUCUCGGCGUAGAGACGCUGCGGUUUCUCGAUGAGCGAGGUGGAAGAGGAGGAGGAGGAGGACAGGGUUUUAAGUUUUCCCCUCGUGGCUCCAGACUUUCAGCUUCAGAGUCGGUGGAAACAGAGACUCUGGAGGUCCGCGGCCUCCCUCCAACCUUUAAUUCCUGCGUGACUUUCCCACGUCGCCCCUCGGACUCGUUGCCAUGCGGACAAGCGGGGGAUUCAUCAGACGUGUGGACACAAACCCGCCACCUCCGGAGGGGCAAAUAAGCUACUGUGACUGCAUCAACCCGCCAUCAUCUCACCGGGCCGCGCCGAUUGUGGCUUCUGUCGGGCGUUCACUCAGGUGUAAUUUAUUUGGACUGCUGAUGGACUGAAUUAGACCUUUUGCCGUGCCGGCUGCGUUGGAGAAGGAGGGAAGAGGACGUUCGGGGCGGGGGAAGCGUAUGAUUUCGUGCUCAGACACAAUCUUCCUGUCUGUAUUUUUAGGCUCUGGAUUUUGGGCUUCCCUCAAUUUUGGUGAGCUAAAUUUGUAUCUUCCUCCUCGACUCAAAAUACAAGCUGAAGAACGAAUGAAGGCUGAAGGAGACACUUUUCUAACUUUGUGUUGUUGUUUUUUUCGUGUGCGUCUCAGGGUUAUGUGUAUAUUUUUUUUGUUGCCUGUGUUCGUUCAAAGAAGGGUUACAUCUCUGUCUCUAAAAAUGUUUUUUGUGAAUGUACUUCUUAUUUGUUUUACAAAACUCUUUCGUGUUUAGAAGAUUUAUAUGAUGAUGCGUCACAGCAGAGGUCAUGUUAAAAAACUUAAAUAUUGCCAAAACCUGAAUAGCUAACCUUAGCGUUACUAUGGAUUUAAAUAACAAAAGCUAAGCGUGUCCUACGUAGUUAGCGUCGUAGCUGUAAUGUUUUUAUUUUUGAAUAUCUUUAUUAAUGUGUGUAUAGUUUGUAUAUUUGCUUUGUAAUUAAUUUGUAGAAGCCUUUGAUUUGCACAAUUUGUACAAAGAAAAUGUCUUAAUGGUCUUAAUUUUGUAUCUUCGUCUUAACCCGGCCCGGGUAGUGUGAAUAAUCGAAGCCUUUUUUGUAGCAAACUAUCAAGUCGCUUCUCUUUCGACAGUCUUCAUUUGGUCUCGGUCGGAUACGCCGACACACUCUUACUGAUACGCAGUCUGUUACUUCUUGCUGUGCUGCUCCUAACUGGUCAAUAAACGUCAUCUUCUCGAGCAAA